AUGGCUAAGUUCUAUGAUGAAAUACCCGAAUCUCUCAUCGAAUGGAUCAAGAAACAGCACAUGUUUUGGGUAGCUUCGGCUCCCCUGAGUCCUGACGGACAUGUAAAUCUCUCCCCCAAGGGCACAGCGGAUAGUUUUCAUGUCGUGAACUCUCGUCGAGUUUGGUAUCAGGAUUUGACCGGAAGCGGAGUGGAAACGAUCUCUCAUAUCAGGGAGAAUGGUCGCGUAACGAUCCUGUUCAGUGCCUUCGAAGGACCUCCCAGGAUUUUGAGAUUGUUCGGAACAGGAACUGUAUACGAAUAUGGUACAGAAGAGUACGAAUCUCUUAUUUCUCCUGAGACUCGGAAGCCGGGCUCCCGUGCAGCUAUCGUCAUCGAUGUGUACCAAUGUCAAACGACAUGUGGAUUCGCUGUUCCAAUGUAUGAUUUUGUCACACAUCGCACCCAACUCCUCCGAAUGGCCGAUAUCGAAGAGUCACGCAACCGCGUUUCAGACACCGUAUCCUCCUCAGAGACCAAUAAGAAGGGUAUCAAAGCAUAUUGGGUACAAAAGAACUUGAGAAGCCUUGAUGGUCUGCCUGGUCUGCUCGUGGCACCUGAUUCCAAAGUGACGCCUGUCAAUAAUUUUAACAAGGACAGUCAAAGACCGAAGUUGCGAUACUCAUCUUCGAGAGAGGGAAGCUCCCAGAGCAGCGGUGCAAGUGUAGCCAUUGGUUUUGCCCUUGGUGCCUUGGUCGCUACUGCCAUUCCUUACAUCCUAUCUGUUACCAGAAAGUUUGAUAUCCAGAUAAUCCCCAUGGCCAAGUACUAUGAUGAAAUACCUGAAUCUCUCAUUGAAUGGGUCAGGAAACAGCACAUGUUUUGGGUUGCUUCAGCUCCUCUUGGUCCUGGUGGACACGUCAAUCUCUCCCCCAAGGGUACAGCGGAUUGCUUCCAUGUGGUGAACUCUCACCGAGUUUGGUACGAGGAUUUGACUGGAAGUGGUGUGGAGACUAUAUCUCAUAUCAGGGAGAAUGGUCGCAUAACGAUUCUGUUUCACUCCUUCGAGGGACCUCCUAGGAUCUUGAGAUUGUAUGGGACAGGGACUGUAUACGAAUAUGGCACGCAAGAGUAUGAAUCUCUUAUUCCUCCUGAGACUCGUAAACCGGGGUCUCGUGCGGCUAUCGUCAUCGAUGUAUACCAGUGUCUAACGUCGUGUGGAACUGCUGUUCCAAUCUAUGACUUUGUUACGCACCGCACUCAACUCCUCCGAUCGUUCGACAUAAAAGAGUCACAUGACCGCGCUACUGUCUCCACAGAGAUUAAUCCGAAAGGCCUUAGAGCAUAUUGGAUGCGACAGAACCUCUCAAGCGUGGAUGGUCUUGCCGGUCUGCUCAUAGCACCUGAGUCUAAAGCAACGUGCUCCAGCGUUUUUGACAAAGGUCCAAGACCGAAGUUGCACCGUUUGUCUUCCAGGGAUGCGGGCGUCCUGGGUACCGGCACGACUUUAGCGCUUGGUUGUGCCAUUGGCGCAUUGAUAGCUACUGCUCUUCCCCGCAUUCUUUCCGUCACUGGGAACUUUGGUACGCGAACCUGA